UUUCCUUUUGCUCUUUUCUGUUGGUCUGUUUCGCUUUUUUGUUUUCUCUUUAUAGUUGAGCCUCGGGUUGAUUCCGUCGUUUGUUUUUUUUUCUUUUGGGUUCUUUUUCUAGAUUCACCCUGUAUAUGGUUUUUUUUUUCUUUCUUGGGUUUCUCCUGUGUAUGGUUCGGCUGCUGAUUUGCCUUCUUUUUUUUUUGUUGGUGCCAGCUCCAAAGAUCACUGCUUGCAACCUUAUUGCUGGUUUCCUAUCUUGGUGGUUGUUCGUGGUGUUUUCCACCCGGAGUAAGCAUGGAGGGUGUGGGUUGAGGUUGGAGGGAGGCCUGCAGUGUGCCUGGCCGUUUGGUUCUCCUCCGGUCCCUGGUUCGUCAGCAAGGAUUGUGAUUUCGAGGUGUACAGCUCUGUUCUGUCUCCACUUCUUUUGCCUUUUGUUUUCUGGAACUCUCGGUUUUUUGGUCCGCUUGUGGGACUCUCGUUAUAGUUUAAGCUGCUGUGAUCAAGGAUUGUGAUUUCAAGCUGCACAGCUCUGUUCUGUGUGUGCUUCUUUUGCCUUUUGUUUUCUAGAACUCUCAGUUCUUUGCUCCGCUUGUGGGACUCUUGUUGCGAUUUAAGUUGCUGUGAUCAAGGUGAGGCUUCAUAUGCAUUCGUUCACCUAUUGGUUCAUUGCCUGCUACAUUCCUGUUCAUUGUAUCAUUAUACAUAUUGCUUGUUGCACGAUUGGCUUUAACUAUCACCUUUCUUUUUCCGUUCCUUCCUUUUCCCCCCUUCGUCCUUUCUUUGGGGCCAUUGUUCUCUUUCCGUAUUGCUUUUUGGCGCCUGGGUGCCAAUUUUUAAUUUUGGUUUAGAAUGUUUGUAGUGGGUGCGUCUUAUGUUUCUUUGUUACAGGCUGUAGUCAGUCGGUGCGACUCCGUGUCUAUUGCAUAUUUGUGUGAGGUCGCUGAUGAUGAUGCUGUGCUAGGUGGUGUAGAGAUAGAACCUGCCCCCCUUGCAUGCAGAGGCUACUCCGCAGCAUGUCUUCUUUUGGAGCUGUCCUCAUAUCACUUGCAUGGCCCCUUAUGAGCAGCGGCAUUCCAGGCUGUUAGUUUGCUACAAAUGUUGUAUGGGUUUCUUGUAGUCGAUUAUAACUACCAGGGACUACUGUAUUAUAGGAAAGUUGCACAGUCUGCUACUCAGAUAGCUGCUGGUGCUGUUCGUUGGAUCAGUGUUGUUGCCCUGUCAAUCCCUGUGCGAAGUGUGCCUCGUGCAGACAUAAAUGUUCUUUCACAGUUCCCCCUUAGUCAGCUUUCUCCUCCUGUCUUGUGGCUUUAGUGAGCUGUCUUGUCGUUGUUUUUUCUAAUCCAUUUGAUAUUGUUCUUCACCAUGUAAUAUUUAUCCUUUGUUUAGUGAUCAAGCACGUAAAUGAUGUCGUUUCCCUCAUUGUGUUAUUUUGUUUUUUUUUUCUUCCAUUACAUGGGAUACCAUGGUUCUUUGUUGGUUUUGCCUCUGCUUGUGCUAUUUUGUUAGUUCAUUUUACAAUUUCCUUGUGUUUUUUUGCUGGGGUAUUUGCUUAUGCUCUCCGGAGAAUAUUACCAGCUAUAAUGACUCGAGAUUCACGGAAGAAGCCAAGUAUGUGUGUUCAUUUGAAUUGAGUUGUGUUUAUGUGCCGUUCCCUAUAUCUUUGCCCUGAUAUUACACUGGGGAUCCUUUUAU